AUGCAGGACUCCAAGGUCGACUGGCUCAUGCAAGCCAGUGUCAUGGGCGACAUAUAUUCGGGAUCCUACUGUAACAUCGCAGCUACCCACGGCGAUGAGGACGAGGCUCUGUUGGGCUCUAGACCUAUAGAGAUUGUCGAGCCAUCAUUCGUACCGGAUCCCCAGUCCCCAUCUUCCGAAAAGAGCUAUAUUCUGGGCUACGACGAUUUCUGGUGCAACUCACUACUAGAUACGCAUCUACACAAGCGAGGCUGGGUCCUGCAAGAACGAUUGCUUGCGCCUAGAACCAUUCAUUUUGGACAAGAGCAGUUCUUCUUCGAGUGUAGAGAGCUCAAGGCUUGUGAAGCUUAUCCAGAUGGCAUCCCGGAACAGCUAAGCAAUUGGCGGACGAAAGCAUGGAGGAAAGGCGAACGAGUAUUCAGUCCGAAAUUUCGAAACCUAAAGUCAUCGAACCCGACAUCUUGGUUGAAUUGGAUAUCUCGCCGGCCACGGAUGACUGAUGACAUUCAUUUCGAGGCCUACGACUGCUGGACUACAAUGGUGCAGCGUUACAUGGACUGUGGUCUGAGCUUUGCCGAAGACAAACUCAUCGCAAUAUCAGGCCUGGCAAGUAAGAUCGGUGCUGCGACCGGCGAGCGUUACCUCGCAGGGCUCUGGGACAAUUCGAGCUUACCGCAAGCGCUGCUGUGGUAUGUGCCCACGAAGUUCCAAGCCGAUGGCCUGCCUUCGCGACGAACAGCGUCCCUCAACAAAGCUGGUUAUCGAGCACCGUCUUGGUCCUGGGCAUCAAUUGACGCACGCAUCACCUGGAAUUGGCCGCGGGGAUCUAAUGAACACCUAGCAAUCAUCACCGAGACAGAUAUCAGAUCGUCUGGCGCUUUCGGUGCGGGAGCGAUCCAUUCGGCGAGGAUGCACGUCCAAGCACCUCUGCUUUCCGUCAAUCUGCGAGUAAAGCCGUCCGAUCCAGGGGGGACGCUGAGGGAAGACAUGGGCUAUACAAUACAACUCAAACACCCUGCGGUCUCCACAACCGAUCAGUCAACAAUCACUCGGCCAUCGGUCGUAGUAUCUCAAUCUUCGACACAGAGGCCGCCCUGGGAAGAUGAGCAGCGAAAAGCACCGCCAGAGAUGGAAGCUAUCGUAUACCUUGACACGGCCAUGGGCGUCUAUGAAAUGGAUGCAUGGCUGUUACCUCUCUGUCUUAACUGGGCUGGGCGAUCGGGGGGUAUGACUGUGCCCGUUGCUGGGCUUCUCUUGAAAGAGGGUCUCACUGGAGAGACGCAAGUGUUCGAGCGAAUAGGAAUAUUUGGACUUGAUGAGGAUCAGGCCGGUUCAUUGUGUGCGUUCGAAGGCGUUACGAGUCCCCAACGGCUGCGGAAAGAGUCCAUUGUUAUAGUCUGA